CUAGAGGCUCCCCCUCCACCGCCUCGGAGGGGAGGUUCGCAGCAUCAAAUUUGCCCCGGCAACAACUGCAACGGAACGGCCACAACGUUUCUACAGCUCAGCCAGGAGCAUCUGAAGCAGCCGGGAAUGAAACUGUUUCCCAAUUACACCCCACCGAUUCCACCGCACAGCAACGGCCCCAGCAGCAACACCAGCGCCAACUUCUCGACGUUGUCCAACAAUGUCAACAACCAUCACUACCACCAGAUCACCUACCACACACAGACCCUCGCACCGCUCCGUCUGAACCAGGACCAUUUCAAUGCUAAAACGAACACCCUCGCCGGUUGUGCUGUAGGGCCAGUAUCCGGUCCUGGUCAGCCGAAUGGUCGCCAGAAAUAUCAAACCCAUCACCAUCACCACCACCACCAGCAUCAGCAUCCGCAGCAGCAGCAGCAACAGCAACAGUCCCAUCAUCAUCAUCAUCAUCAUCCGCAGCUGUCCGACCACGAACUGGAGGACGACGAUGUGUUCGACGAUAAUGAGGAUGACAGCAACAAUAGUGGAACCACAUCGCCACUGCCGCCACCGGCACAACUGCCAGCGUCACUACCGUCCACGCCGACGCCCCCGGAGCUGCCGAUCCGCAACGGGUUGGCGACGAAUUACAAUGUAAAUACACUUAAUCACAUCAACAAUAAUACGGCCACCGCCGCCGCCGUCGGCGCUGGAAGCAACGGCGUAAAAAUGCCUUCCCCUGGUGUGGCCGCCGCCGGUGGCAUCGACGAGCGCCCGGUCACCGUCAACCGGAAGGCGAUUCGACACUAUCACUGAUGGGUCGUCGAGGCGGCUCCUCCUUAGCCGGUGAAUGUGUUCGUGUGGUUCGACUAAUGCACACGAGCACUACAGCGCCUCCGCUAAGCGCGGUGUAGCGAGAGUUUUUGUACAGCCUAUUUAUCCUUAUUGUGAUUUUUAAGCUAUGCUGUGUACUGUAGAUAAUGUAGUAACAAUUCGGGUGGAUUUCCCGCUGUACCGUUAGGGGAUUUGAUGUCGAUUUGGGACGAAGGCACGCGAAAAUUGUACAAAUCGAAUCGAACAUGUGUCUGAGUAGGUUGGUUAAUUGGGUGGUAUUUUGCCAUAUUGCAGACUAGAUUUAAAAUAUCAGUCAGUCUACAUUAAUUUCUUACAGGAGGAUAAUAAAAAUCCUCCUUUUCAUAUGUGAAAUAAUUACUCACGUUAUAAACUUUAUCACGCUUUAAAGU